AUGCCCCCAGCCCCACGUUUCGGGGUCCAGGCGCAGGGGACGAAGCCGGUGGCCAAGGAGCCCACUGUGCCCGUGGGGCUGAACUUUGUAAAGAUCCACUGCCAGAACGAAGCUGUCUACCAGUACCACGUCACCUUCAGCCCCGAGGUGGAGUGCAGGAGUGCCCGCUUUGCCAUGCUGAAGGAGCAGCGUGCCGUCACCGGGGAUGUGAUGGCCUUUGAUGGCUCCAUCCUCUUCCUGCCCAUCCAGAUCCCCAAGGUCAGCCUGAAGGCUCAGAGGAAGUGCAGCGGGGAGGAGAUUACCAUCAACAUCCAGAUGACCAAAACCCUGGAACCCAGCUCGGAUCUCUGCAUCCCCUUCUACAACGUGGUUUUCCACAGGGUGAUGAAAAUCUUAAACAUGAGCAUGGUUGGGAGACAUUUCUUUGAGCCUGCCCAGGCCACCACUCUGCAGAAAUACAGCCUCCAUAUCUGGCCAGGAUACGCUGUCAGCAUCAGGAGGAAGGACAGAGGGCUGUUCCUCAUGGUGGAUUCCAUCCACAAGAUCAUCCGCAGCGAGUCCAUCCUGAGCGUGAUGCAAACCAUCCACUCCCAGAGCCAGAGGACGUUCCAGGAGGAGUGCACCAAGCAGCUGGUGGGGAGCGUGGUGAUGACGCGCUACAACAACCGCACCUAUCGCGUGGAUGACAUCGACUGGGACAAGACCCCCAAGGACACUUUCACCCUGGCCAGUGGCCAGGAGAUCACCUUUGUGGAGUACUACAGCAAGACCUACGGGAUCACCAUCAGGGAACUGGAUCAGCCACUGCUCGUGCACAAACCCAAGGAGAAACAGAUGCUGAAAGGGAAGCAGCAGCUGGAGAUGGUGCUGCUGGUGCCAGAGCUCACCUUCCUCACUGGCCUCUCCGACCUCCGCAAGAACAGCCGCAUGAUGAAGGAGGUGAUGUGGGAGAUGAUCCAGAGCCCCCAGCAGCACUACCAGCGCCUCUCCAGCCUCCUGUGCCGCAUCCGCGACACCCCGGAAGCCUCCCAGGAGCUGGAGCGCUGGGGGCUGUGCCUGGACACCGAUAUCUACAGGACCCAGGGUCACAUCCUGCCCGUGGAGCGCAUCAACCUGCGGCACCGCUCCUUCCUGCCCGCCGAGGACCUGAGCUGGCACCGGGAGGUGACCAAGGAGGUGCCCAUCGCCGUGAUCUCCAUCAGUUCCUGGCUCCUGAUCUAUCCCAAGAGGCUGCAGCACCUGGCCAAGGACCUGGUGACAGGCAUGAGGAGCAGCUGUGGGGCCAUGGGGAUGCAGGUGGGGCUCCCCACAGUGCAGGAGCUGCGGGAUGACCGGAUUGAAACCUACGUCAGGAGCAUCCAGAGCUCUCUGGGCAGCCAGGACAAGGUGCAGCUGCUGCUGUGCAUCAUCCCCAGCAGCCGGGACGACAUCUACGGGGCCAUCAAGAAACUGUGCUGUGUGCAGAGCCCAGUGCCCUCCCAGGUCAUCAAUGCCCAGUCCCUCACAGGCCACCCUGGCAAGAUCAGGAGCGUGGUGCAGAAAGUUCUGCUGCAGAUCAACUGCAAGCUGGGAGGGCAGCUCUGGGGGGUGGAUAUCCCACUGAAGCAGCUGAUGGUUGUGGGCAUGGAUGUCCACCACAGCAGGAGCCAGGGGAUGCGCUCUGUCAUCGGCUUCGUGGCCAGCAUGAACCACAUCCUCACCAAGUGGUACUCCAGGGUGGUUUUCCAGAUGCCCCACCAGGAAAUCGCCGACAGCCUCCGCCUCUGCCUCUCCCAGGCCCUCAAACGCUUCUACGAGCUGAACCACUCCCUGCCCAUGAAGAUUGUGGUGUACAGGGACGGGGUGUCCGACCCCCAGCUGGACACGGUGCUCAAAUAUGAGGUGCCCCAGCUCCAGAAAAGCUUCCACUCCUUCCAAAAUUACCAGCCCAGCCUCGUGGUGGUGGUGGUGCAGAAGCAGCUGAGCACCAACUUCUACUGCCUGACAGGAGAGGAGUUGGGGUCCCCUCCCCUGGGCACCGUCAUCGACCACGGCGUCACCAGCUCGGGCUGGCAGGAUUUCUUCCUGCUGGCCCAUCACUCCCGGCAGGGCUGCAGCGUCCCCACGCGCUACAUCUGCAUGUGGAACACGGCCAACCUCAGCUCCGAGCACCUGCAGAGGCUGACCUUCAAGCUGUGCCACCUGUACUGGAACUGGCCGGGCACCAUCCGUGUCCCUGCCCCCUGCAAGUACGCCCACAAGCUGGCCUUCCUGGUGGGCCAGGUGCUGCACCACGAGCCCAGCGCCCACUUCAGCGAGCUGCUCUUCUUCCUCUGACCUGCCAGGACCUGCCAGCCCGGGAAUGCACCCCGAAAACCGGGAUUGAACCGGGGUUGCACCCGGAAAACCGGGAUUGAACCGGGGUUAAAACCGGGAUUGAGCUGGGGUUAAAACCGGGAUUGAGCUGGGGUUAAAACUGGGAUUGAACCGGGGUUGCACCCUUAAAACCGGGAUUGAGCCGGGAUUGAACCGGGGUUAAAACCGGGAUUGAGCCGGGGUUAAAACCGGGAUUGAGCUGGGGUUAAAACCGGGAUUGAACCGGGGUUGCACCCUUAAAACCGGGAUUGAGCCGGGAUUGAACCGGGGUUAAAACCGGGAUUGAGCCGGGGUUGCACCCGGAAUUCCGCUGCUGUUUGCUCCCCCUGCCAAGGGGGCCCUUCCUCAGUUCCCUGGUUUGCUGUUAAUUUAUUCUUUCUUUGCUGUUUGGAGGAUGCUGGGGAUCGCACUGUGGCUUUUUUGGGAGUUCUCUCCAAGGGGAUGACAGCAAAGGAACAUCCUGCUGGUUUCCAGCCUUCCCAGUAAAGGGGGUUGAGUUCAUGAGCCCCAAAAGUGCUGCUGACCCCACAGCUCCUCCCUCUGCAGGUGCUGGAUGUAAACCCCAAAGAUUUUGGGUUUGGUGUGGUUUUUUUCCUCCCAGUUUCUUGUGCUUCCAUAGGUUUAUAAAGUUGUUUUUUUUUUUCUCCCUGGGCUUUUUCAAGCUGCUGUUGAACAAACCAGCUCCAGUUUGGCUGGUUCUCCUGUCCUUGAGGAGUCACUGGUUUUCCAAGGAGAAUUCUUUGUGGA